UCUGCGGCUGUGGAAAUGUCUUUAAUCCCUUUAGUCAUUUAUUCAUUGGCCGCUUCACGGUGAAGAGCAAAGAUGUCUCCGUGUUUUAUUUCUUUAUUGGAAUUGUGAACUGGCUGUGGUGGACGUGGUCUUCCUAUUAAAUAAUAGCAGGAACACGCGCAACUCAAAUUCCCAUUAAGACAUAAAAAGACUGCAGUAUCUUUGCAAUUUGGUGUAAUUUAGCUCUGAAUAUCUCCUGUUAUUUUUAGGCAUAUGAUCAUUUUGGGUCUGGGAGUAAAAAUAGCACCUGGUGUUGUUGCAUAAACGGCGUAUCUUAGAAAAUGUUUGCUAUGUUCUGCUAUGUGACUUCGACUUGUUAGCGCCCGUCUCUCUCUGCCUGGUCCGUGCUAGCGAGAGUGGUUUUGAAACCACUUGAGGGUGGAUGUUUAAUUAAAAUGGGGGGGUCGGGGGGUAGUCUCAGGUGGUCGAUUACGCAGUCCCAUUUCCAGAUAUCGCUUGGGCCGUGUGCAGGGGAUUGGUCGUGUCCCCCCCCCCCCAAUACACACACACCAUCGCAUCAUGGAGGAGUGCUCCAGAUGGAGUGUCAGAGGGGGGAGAGGUAUGUUGCUCCUGGCAACGCCUGCUAACAAAGAAAGAUGAAGAGGAAUGAAGGAAUGAAGAGGCGAUCAUGGGCCAAACUCUGUAUGUCAGCCAAUCGCAAGGCCUCCAGCAUUCAGCCUGAAGGGUGUCCAAAAAGCCGGCGAACCUUCCGGAGAGUGGUCCACCUGUGACCAGCGGUCAGGAAUCAUCUUCUAUGGAUGUCAGGGAAAACGGCAGAGAGGGAACAAAUCCGAUCAUCAAGGCGUUCAGAAAUUUCCCUUUAGAAUGAAUGAUGCCGAGGUAUCGCCAAUGCUGACGCAGCUCUGUGAGGAACAAAGAGGCUGGUAUGAGACGGAGGCGGAGUACUACCUUCUGCUUUUCAGUGUGGCUGUCUGCAGCCUCCGCUCCAUCAGCUACAGCCUGGACCACUGUUGUCGCCACCUAGUGGUGGGGAGGUUCACAGACAUCUUCUGGCUGACUGCGUACACCUUCUACCACCCCCUGUUCUACAAUGGGCCCAUCAUCAGUUUCCAGGAUUUCACCCAGCACUUGCAGAGCACCAGCGACGGUGGCACCAGCCCGAAGCUAGACCUCCUCGCCUUGCUCCGUAGCGCCGGCCGGAUCUUAGCCUGGUGGCUUCUGGCUGAGACCCUGGUCCACCUCAUGUACAUGCACGCCAUCCAGAACAACGAGACCUAUCUGCAGAUACUGCCCCCGUGGGCCUUGGGUGGUCUGGCCCUGGCGCUGGUCCAGUUCUUCUACGUGAAAUACCUGGUGCUGUUUGGCCUGCCCGCUCUGCUGGCCCGACUGGAUGGACUGGAGCCGCCCCCACAACCUCGCUGUGUCAGCACCAUGUACAGCUUCACCGGGAUGUGGAGGCACUUUGACGUGGGACUGUACCGCUGGCUCUUACGGUACAUCUACCUCCCUCUGGGGGGAUCUCGGAAGGGCCGUCUCCACACGGCGCUGUCCACCUGCCUGGCCUUCGCCUUCGUCUGUUUCUGGCAUGGCGGCCAUGACUACCUGCGGAAUUGGGCCCUGAUGAACUGGGCCAGCCUGACAGUGGAGGCCGCGACACGAACUCUCCUCUCCUCAUCCCACGCGUCCGUGGCGAUUGUGGGAGACAGGAGAAAGAGCUCUCUGGUUGCCAAUCAGCUUCUAGCGGAGCUCUCUACCCCUGUGCUCCUGCCCCUGUGCUCCUGCCCCUCGUCUUUGGGGCUACCUGCAGCACUGCCUGUCCCCGCCCAUGAGAAGACGAGCUCAGGCAUUCCUCUCGGCCUUCUCCACUGCCAUGCUCAUCCUGUCCAACCUGGUCUUCCUGGGAGGGAACCACGUCGGCAGGAUCUUCUGGAAGCGCGUCUUCAUUCACGGCUGGUCCACAGUAUUUCCACCAGUACUGCUGUUCCUGUACUGCUACGCACAAAUCGGACUGGAAUGGGACAAGAGAUACUGAGCGGACCCACCAUCCACGGGCCCUCUGGUGGCUUCGCACCGGGACCACCGUGGUCCAGGAUGUAGCACAACGCUGGUGCUGACGGCUCUGUGACCACAACAUGCACCAUGAAGAUUUCCAUCUGUAUCAAGCCAUCGAUUCUGCUUAAUUCCUUUGUGGCUUAUCUUCAAUUGUUUGGCACGAUGACACGAUUUAUAGGGGCCACGCCUCAGUCGUUGGAUUUGCAGCCCAGGCAAUCCAGUGCAUUUGUUUGGUAACACUUAAGGGGGAUAAGCUGCUUUAGGGAGCCAAUCAGAUUAGGGAGCGGGUGAUAGAGAAAUCCUAUCUAAUUACUACAACUCUUCCAGCAUCUAUGUGACACGCCUGUCUGUAGAACGUACUCGGGUAUUAGGUUUUAAACAGCUUAUUGUAAGAAUGCAAACCUAUUACAAGUGGAUUAGUGAUGUAGAAAUGAAUUAAAUUCCCGUAAUAGGUGUAAGGGCGCUAUUUCUUUUGGGGAGGUUUAUUGGUGACGUGUCAGGCUGACUGUCAGGACAUCACAUGCCGCUGCUUAUACUGCCUUAUUAGGAUGUUGCCUGAUUUGGCGUAAGCUGUGGGUGUUGCGAUUAAUUACGUUUGCUCACAGAUUUGUUACAAGGAGCGGUAGCAGUCGCCUACCUCAGUGUCUCAUCGGCUCCCCCUAGGUGAAUGACAUGCCCUCAUAAUUAGGCCCGACUGUGACUCUGCAGGUAUGGAGCAGUCCUGUCUGUAACUGGAACACCCACAGCGCGCAGGGCUUUGUACAUUGCUGCCUGGUCCCUGAAUUCCGUGUUAUGAAACUGCAUUGGGAUAAAUAAGUAUAUAUUAAAAUUUUAGGGAUCAGGCUUCAGCACUGUCCUGACAUACCUCUGGGGCUCGGGUUCGAGUCUCCGCUCCAGCUUUACAUGUGUGGAGUUUGCAUGUCCCCCCCCCCAUGUCGUCAUGGGGUUUCCUCCAGGUUCUUCAGUUCCCCCCUUACAGUCCGAAAACGUGCUAAGGUGAAUUGAAGUUGCCAGAUGGCCCCUUUGAUGUGGAUGGUGAGUGUGCCCUGCGAUGGGUUGGCGCCCCAUCCUGGGUUAUUCACUGCCUUGUGCCCAUAGCUUCUGCGUUAGGCUCCGGACCCCCCCAAGCUUGAAUAGGACAAGCAGGUAUAGAGAAUAGAUGGAUUCAUUUUAAUCAUUGGGGGGGGGGGCUGAAAAAAUAUAUAUACAAGCUUUCAAGUAUAAAAUAGUUUAUUAUAAAUAACAUUACAUAUCUUUACAAAUAAACUCUUGUGCUUACAGUAGUUACUUUCCUGUAUUAAAAUUUUAUACAAUGACGUGCAUAAA